UGCCAAAGUCUUCUUGAUUUUUCUCCUUUUGGCUCCGACACUGCACAGAUUCCUGGAUUUUUCUGUCAUCUCUCUCCAACCCGGAGCCUUCCCCAGGAGUCGGCGAGGAAAGGACCCUCCUCCCUCCAGGAAGAUGAUGGGCGCAGGGUGUCAGCAGCUGGGGACCCUCGCCGGGCCCCGCGUCCCGGUCCCAGGGAGGCACGAGUCUCCCGGAGGGCGGCCGGGCGGCGGCGGCGGCUGCGGCAGGGCUGGUAGAGCGCCGCGCUGGCGGGUCGCGCUGUGGGUGCACGCGUGGCUCUGGGUGGCCUCGGGCACCUCGGCUCAGGUGUUCAACCUCAGCCUCCGCGUGGACGAGGGGCUUCCCCCGGACACUCUCGUGGGCGACAUCCGCGCGGGGCUGCCGGCCGCGCAGCAGCUGGAGGGGGGCGGCUUCUUUCUGUCCGAGGAUUCUGACGACUCCCCGCUGCUGGACGACUUCCACGUGCACCCCGACACGGGCAUCAUCCGCACCGCGCGGCGCCUGGACCGCGAGCGGCGCGAGCGCUACAGCUUCGUGGCGGCCACCCUGCUGGGCGCCGUGGUGCAGGUGGAGAUCCGCGUCAACGACGUGAACGACCACUCGCCGCGCUUCCCCCGCGACUCGCUGCGGCUCGACGUCUCGGAGCUCAGCCCGCCGGGGACCGCCUUCCGCCUGCCGGGCGCGCACGACCCCGACGCCGGCCGCUUCAGCACCCAGGGCUACACCCUGCUCCACCCUUCCGACCGGCCCGACGACGACCCCGCGGGGCCCUUCUUCCAGCUGCGCUACGGCACCGUGGGGUCGUCCCCGCCCUCGCCCCCGGAGCCCCUCGACUUGGUCCUGCUGCGACGCUUGGAUCGGGAGGAGCAGGCGACCCACGAGCUGCAGAUCGAGGCCUGGGACGGCGGCCACCCGCGACGCACGGGCCACCUGCGCGUGGAGCUGCGCGUGCUGGACGAGAACGACAACCCGCCGGUCUUCGAGCAGGCCGAGUACCGGGCGGCCGUGCGCGAGGACGCCCCGCCGGGCGCCGAGGUCUGCCGCGUGCGCGCCACGGACCGCGACCAGGGGGCCAACGGCGAGGUGCGCUACGGCCUGCGCGCCCGGCAGGCGACCCCCGGAGACGCGGCCUACUUCACCGUGGACGAGCACAGCGGCGUGGUGCGCGUGCACAGGCCUCUGGACCGCGAGGUUCAGGCCUGGCAUCAGCUGGUCAUCGAGGCCCGCGACGCCGGCGCCGAACCCGAGGUGGCCACCGUGCGCGUGUCCAUCGCCGUGCUGGACGUGAAUGACAACCGGCCCGCCAUCCACCUGCUCUUCCUCACCGAGGGCGGCGCCGCCCGCGUAUCCGAGGGCGCCCGUCCCGGAGACUAUGUGGCUCGCGUUUCGGUGUCCGACGCGGACGGGGACUCAGACAGCGACGAGGAGGCCGUCGGGGACCUCAGGGCGGGCCUCGCAGACGGCAGCAUCGCCUUGACCUUGGAAGGCGGCGAGGGAGCCUUCGCGCUGAGCCCCGGGGGCUCCCCAGGGGUGUUUUUCAUCUGCGUCGAGGGGCCCCUAGACAGGGAGAGCCGUGACCUGUACGACCUGCGACUGGUGGCCACGGAUGCGGGCUCCCCGCCGCUGAGCACGGAGCAGACGCUACUGCUCCGAGUGGCCGACCUCAACGACCAGGCGCCGGUCUUCAGCCAGGCGCAUUACCGGGGCGCGGUGUCCGAGGCCGCGGCCCCUGGCACCGCCGUGCUGUGGGUCAGCGCUUCCGACGCCGACGAGGCGGGUACAGACCACGCCCGGCUGCGCUACGCACUGCUCCACCUGGAAGCGCGCUGCGGUAGCGCCGAGGCCGAGUGUAGCCCGUCCUUUGCCAUCGAUCCGGAAACCGGCGUCAUCAGCACCAUCCGGAGUCUGGACCGAGAGGUCCAGGACCAGGUAGAGCUGAAAGUGGUGGCCCAAGACCUCGGGGAACCCCCGCUGGCCGCCACCUGCCUGGUGAGCAUCGCCGUGGAGGACGUGAACGACAACGAGCCCGUCUUCCCCAGACAGGUGUACAACGCCACCCUGACGGAGCACGCCCCGGUCGGCCACUGCUUUCUGCAGGUUAAAGCCUCAGAUGCAGACACAGGACUUUAUGGCCUUAUUGAGUAUUUCCUUUAUGAGGGAUUCCAAAGCUAUGCAGCACCUCGAGCGUUCCUGAUUGACCUGCAUGAUGGGCAAAUCUGUGUUUCUCAAGAUAUCGACAGGGAAAGGGACCCUGCCACUUAUGAUCUCUUGGUGAAAGCUAAAGAUGGGGGAGGGCUGAGUGCCCAGGCCUUUGUGCGUGUGGAGGUGGAGGACGUGAAUGACAAUGAGCCCGUGUUUAACCCAGACACCUACGGGACCAGCAUCAGUGGCCAGACCCAGCCUGGCACUGAGAUCAUCAAUGUCUUUGCCACUGACAGGGACUCUGGGGUCUACGGGACAGUGACUUAUGAGCUCGUGCCUGGAGACCUCUCGUCCCUUUUUACCAUCGACUCCACCACAGGAAUUAUUUAUUUAGCAUCAUCUCUUUCUCAUCUGGAGUCUACUACACUUUGGUUGGCGGUCUGUGCUCGAGAUGGUGGCGGUCUCACAUCUGUUGCUAAUGCCCAAAUCACUGUACAAAUUCUUCAGACAACUCUGGCCCCGGCGGACUUCGAAAGACCAAAGUAUACGUUCUCUGUUUAUGAAGAUGUGCCUGAAGACAGUCCUGUUGGAACAGUGAAAGCAAAAGAAUCCUUGAAUUCCUCAGAGCCAAUUUUGUAUAGAAUUUCCUCUGGCGAUCUGGACAGGAAGUUCUCCAUUCACCCUUGGUUGGGUACCAUUCGGACCCAGAAGCCUCUGGACCAUGAGACUCAGCCUGUGGUGAUGCUCACGGUGCAGGCCCAACUCGGCAGCUCCCCGACCUGCAGCAGUACAGAGGUCAACAUAACCAUCAUCGACGUCAAUGACAACCCGCCCGUGUUUCCCAAAGUCUCUGAUGAGCUUCGGAUCCCGCAGACCACACGGCCUGGCACGGCCUUGUACCAUGUGCGUGCGACCGACAAGGACAGCGGGCCCAACGGCUUCGUCCGUUACUUGAUCGCAAGCCAGCAUUCUGCUGUCUUUGCCAUAGACUCCGCCCUCGGUGUGGUCUACCUCAAUGGGAGUCUGGGAGCCAGCAGGCCUCAGAGGCACACCCUGACGCUCAUGGCCCAGGACUUUGGGGUCCCUCCUCAGGCGUCCCUCUUCAUGCUGACGGUGCUGAUUGAAGAACAGGAGCCAAGUGACCUUCCACUGACCUUCGAAAGUUUGGUCUAUCAAACGGAAUUGAGUGAGUCUCUCGCACUGAUGACCCAAGUGCUGCGAGUUCGGGCACAUCCCCUUGGCCCACAGCACACAGCCUGGACGCUUCGGUACUCACUGGAACCCGGCAAGGAGUCGGCGGCGUUUGGCAUCGACCCUUAUACUGGGUGGAUUUAUUUGCGACGACAGCUUGACUAUGAGUUUGCACAAACGUAUUGUUUCAGAGUGUUUGCCUGGGCCCCCGAGGGCAGACUGUUGCAGAAUGUCAGCACGUCUGUCAUUGUUCACGUGCUGGAUGAGAAUGACAAUUCCCCUGUCUUCAUGCAUGAUGUGCUGUUUUUGAAAGUCAAGGAGAGCCCCCUUCCCCAAGGGGUAAUCGGCAAAGUUUCAGCAGUUGACAGCGACUCAGGAAAGAAUGGGCAACUGUCAUAUUUCCUUUUGUCCGAUGGAAAGUGCUUCAAGAUGAAUCCCAUCACAGGUGAACUGGUCGAUUGGGUAGGUCUGGAUCGCGAACACCGGGAGCAUCACCAGGUGACCAUCCUAGUGACCGAUCAUGGCUCCCCACCGCGAAAUGCCACCAUGACGAUUUACAUCGCUGUGAUGGACGUCAAUGACAACACACCCUUUUUCCCACAGUGCCUCCCUGGACAGCAACUGCACGUCAAGGUUUUGGAAGGUCAGCCAGUAAAUAUGUUGGUUACAACUGUGUUCGCAAAGGAUCUUGAUGAAGGAAAUAAUGCAGAAGUUAUAUAUUCACUAUCUUCAGAAAACAGCUCUGAUCACUUCAGGAUUGAUGCCAACAGUGGGGAAAUAAGAACAGCCACUGUCCUCUCAUUCAGUGAUAGACCUUCCUACAGCAUCACUGUACUUGCCCGUGACCAGGGGCUGCCUUCUCUGCAAGGACAAGCAGUUAUUACUAUUCAGGUGAUCCCACUGUCCCGAGGAAGAGCUCUCAUUUCUCAGAAUAUUAGACAUUUAGUUAUCCCAGAAAACUUGAAACCUGCAAAACUAAUGAGCUUGAUAAAAUCACCUGAUCACCCUCAUCGCCAUCAUAACAGAAAGAUACAUGUCAGCAUCGCUGCUGAGGACAAGGAUGGACACUUUGAAAUUGACCACUUGACUGGAGACUUGUUCCUUUCCAAGGAACUCGAUUAUGAAACGGCGUCGCAUUAUCUUUUCAGGGUGCUGACUAAAGACCAGAGCAAAAAUCCUCCCCUGACUAGCACCGUCUUCCUUAGCAUUGAUGUGGAAGAUCAGAAUGACCAUUCCCCUUCUUUCCAAGAGGAGUUCGUUGUGACCAGUGUAGAAGAGAAUGUUCCCGUGGGGACCGUCGUGCAUGUCUUCCAUGCCAGAGACGGGGACGGCAGCUUUCUGAACAGCAGGAUACAGUACUCCAUUGAAUCCCACCCCCCUGGGAUGAAUCCAUUUCUCAUCCAUCCCUCCUUUGGCACUUUAGUCACGGCCUCCCCCCUUGACAGAGAGCGAGUUCCGACUGUUGUCCUGACUGUGACGGCGUACGAUCAGGCGGUCAACGUGACAGACCGGAGACAGAAAUCGCUGCUCGCAAAGGUAGUGAUUUUGGAUGUGAAUGACCACAGCCCCACUUUCACAUCUUUCCCCCUCACCCACGUCAAAGAGGAUGCUCCAGUGGGCUCCUUGGUGCACCACGUAACUGCUCAAGAUCCAGAUGAAGGGAGGAAUGGAAGAGUCACCUACAGCAUCGUCUCUGGGAAUGAAAACAUGACCUUUAUGUUGGAUGCAUCAUCAGGCUUUCUAACUGUAGCUUAUCCUUUGGAUUAUGAAGUAAGAACCCAACACAUUCUGACUCUUCUGGCGGUGGAUGACGGCGUCCCCACCCUUUCUUCAUCCCAGACUCUGACCAUCACUGUCCUCGACGUCAAUGAUGAGGCGCCCGUAUUCAAGCAGCACCGGUAUGAGGCGUCAGUUCACGAAAACCGAAAUCCAGGGGAGUUUGUCACAAGGGUUGAAGCUACAGACAGAGAUUCAGGAAUCAAUGCCCAGCUUCAGUUUGAAAUCAUGCCGGGUGCUUCAUUUGAACUGUUCCAGAUAAACCCUGACACUGGAGAGGUCGUGACAACCGCAGCCCUUGACAGAGAAGCUCAAGAAGUCUUCACCUUUCGAGUACUUGUACAAGACGGGGGAAUCCCUUCAUUAUCCGCCACCACAACAAUUCUCUGUACUGUGGAAGAUGAAAACGAUCACACACCGAACAUUACUGCCCCUGUCCAUGACAUUGAGGUUCUGGAAAACCAAGAGCCAGCGCUUGUCUACACCGUUUGGGCCUCUGAUAAGGAUGCUGGCAACAAUGGCGUUGUCCGGUAUUAUAUACUGGAUGGAAAUACUGAGGAAUUCUUUGCUAUUAAUGAAACAUCCGGAGAGCUUUCAACCACCUGUUCUUUGGACCGAGAGCGGGUAAACAGUUUCACUCUGGUCAUUUUGUGUUCCGACUUGGGGGACCCACCCCGGAGCUCCAGGGUGCAGCUGCAUGUCCACGUUUUGGAUGCCAAUGACCACAGCCCCUCAUUUCCCCUGCUGCAGUACCAGUCCUUCGUGAGAGAAGACGCUGAAGUGGGGACGGUGGUUCUUGUGCUCUCUGCUGUGGACCAGGACGAAGGACUGAAUGGACAGAUUGAAUAUUUGCUGAUGGACGACGAUGCCUCAAGCCCAUUCGCCCUGGAUCCUGUGGCAGGCACCUUAAGAAUUGUCCACAUGCUGGACCGAGAAGCCACAUCCGAGCAUGCUUUUAGGGCUGUAGCCCGAGAUUGUAGUGUCCAGGGCGCAAGAAGUGCUACGGUGAUGAUAAAGAUCCAGGUGACUGAUAUCAAUGACAACGACCCAGUCUGGGAACAGAACCCCUUUGAAAUUUUUCUUUCUCCCCAGGUACCUACCAACCAAACCGUGACCAUUUUGAGAGCCAGUGACCCUGACUUGGGUCCCAAUGGAACUGUCACCUUUGGCUUUGAGGAGACCCAGUCAAUAUUUUCUCUCAAUAAAUAUACAGGGGAAAUUCAACUUCAGCAAAAUCUACCUUCAGAAUAUUUUCCUGUGUGGUUGCAGUUAAACAUAAUGGACCAGGGGGUGCCAGCUAGGCUAACCACUGGUGUUCUGGUUGUCCAUAUGGAAGGAGAAAGUGCUAACUUUUCCUUCAGCCACCAACUAUAUAAAGGGACUGUAAUGGAAAAUGAUGAGGAAGGUACUUCUGUUGUGACUGUACAUGCUUUUGCUCCUGACUCAGAUCUGGAUGACAUUAAAUACUCCAUUUUUAGUGGAAAUGAAGAUGAUGUGUUUUCUCUGUGCUCCAACUCAGGAGUCCUCACGGUGAAAGAUCCCACGUUUCUAGAUUUUGAAGUCAGAAAUGAAGUUCAACUCGUCAUUUCAGCUGAAAGUAGGGGACACAGAGCUUUCAGCAAAGUAGCAGUCUCCAUACAAGACACAAAUGAUAAUUCCCCAGACUUUCAGCAAAGUGUCUACUGGGUGUCAAUACCUGAAGGCCAGUACUACAAUGCUCACAUCAUACAGGUUUUGGCCACAGACAUGGACAGUGGGUUGAAUGGACUCAUUGAGUAUUCCAUUCUCUCUGGCAACCAAGGAGAAGUUUUCCAGAUGGACACACUGAGUGGUGUGAUAACCGCCAACAAGACUCUCGAUUAUGAGCUCAUCAACUCCUACAGUUUGGUUGUGCAAGCCACAGAUAAAGGGAUGCCCAGGCUUUCUGGCACAAGUGUGAUCAAGAUCCAGGUGACUGACAUAAAUGACAAUGCCCCCACUUUACUCCCCGUGGAAGCAAUGGAAAUUGCAGAAAAUUCUUUGCUUGGUGCAGUUGUGACGAGGAUAUCGGUUCAUGAUGUGGAUUUGAACCCGGCUUUCAUCUUCAGUGUUGCUAAGGAAAGUAAUCCUGGAGGCAAGUUUGCUAUUGAUCAGAGCACUGGAGUGGUGAUACUAGUGAAAACUUUGGAUUUUGAAGAAACCACUGAAUAUGAGCUGCUCAUCCAGGUCUCUGAUUCCGUGUACUACACAGAGGGUACACUUGUCAUUCAUGUGUUGGACGUCAAUGAUAAUCCACCUGUAUUUUCUCAAGAUGCUUACCAGGCCUUUGUUCCUGAAAUCGUGCCUCUGGGGUACUCAGUACUGACCGUGGCUGCCACAGACAUAGAAAGCGCUGAAGACAUUUCUUACAGAAUCCUUUCCUCUUCCAAGGAAUUCACGAUUGAUCCUAUGAAUGGCACAAUAGUUGCUAUGAAUCCUACCUUGCUGCUGGAUAGACAGUCACCAGUUCGAUUUCUCGUCGAAGCCAGUGAUGGUGGAAAACCUGCCCUGAGCGCCGUCACCUUAGUGGAGAUAGUCAUCCGGGACGUGAACAAUCAUGCCCCCAGGUUUGCAGCGGAAUCCUACAACCUUAGCUUGAGUGAAGACACCCCUCCCGGGGGCACUCUGAUGGCAUUUUCCACCCUUGACCAGGAUGGGGCCCAUGAAAACACCCAUGUGGAAUAUUCCAUCCUUAGUGGUAACGCGGAGAACCAGUUCCUCCUGGAAACAAGCUUCAUUCAUUCCUAUUAUCCUUCUAAGCAAGUUGGUUAUCUGGUGCUACUGUACGGUCUCGACAGGGAAACCAAAGCCAGUCACCAGCUGGUCCUUCUGGCCUCUAACGGGGGGUGCCCUCCCCUGACCUCCACGGCUGUUGUGUCCAUAGAAGUCGUUGAUGUCAAUGACAACCCACCCAAGUUCAGCAGUCUGAAAUAUCACGCCCAUGUCAGGGAGAGCACUCCUUUCGGGAGUCCUAUCACUGUGGUCUCAGCGGAGGACGCUGAUGUGGGUUCGCAUGCAGAAGUCAGCUACCGCCUGGUCUCUGGAAACGAGAGGGGCCAUUUUCACUUGGAAGAAACCACGGGCGUUCUUUACUUGAUGAAAACUCUGGACUAUGAGGACACCACAGCAUUCACGUUAAUGGUCCAGGCUGCCAACAGAGGGCAGAAACACUUGUCCUUUGCACUUGUGCUGAUCAGUGUCCUCGAUGACAACGACCAUGCCCCUCAGUUCCUGUUCCCCAGACUGAACUGUGUGGUUCCUGAAAACCAAGCUGUUUCUUCCAGGCUGUGUUCAGUCAGCGCUUUCGACUCUGAUACCGGUCCCUAUGGAGAACUGACCUACUCUAUUUUGUCGUCUUGUUCUCUUACUCCCGGGCUACCUCAUGAACGCCCUCCCUUCGUCAUUGACCCUCUAACAGGGGAUAUUCGUGCUCAACAAGUCCUUGACUAUGAAAAUGCCCAUGAAUACUGCCUCACGGUUCAGGCCAAGGACAAAGGGGAUGCAACCACCUCCUUAAUGGUCUGGGUGGACGUUGAAGGGAUUGAUGAAUUUGAACCCAUUUUCACACAAGAUUCGUAUUUUUUCAACCUGCCCGAAAAGAACCAGGGAAGACAGUUGAUUGGCAGAGUAGAAGCCUCGGAUGCAGACGCUGGCAUCGAUGGCAUCGUUCUCUAUUCCCUAGAAACAUCCUCACCUUUCUUUUCAGUGAACAAAACUAGUGGGAGCAUUUAUUUGGCAAGACCGUUUCCCCUGCUCAAAAGUCACGUUAGCCAAGGAGACACCAUUGAAAUGAAAAUCAUCGCCCACAGCCCCAAAGCAGACUCCAAGUUUACAUCUUGUACUGUUUUUGUGAAUGUGUCUUUCGUCCCAGAGGGAAAAUAUUCAGCAAUAUCUAUCAGCAGCUUUUCCAUCAGUCUAACUGUCUCCUUUUUGGUGUUUUUGUCCCUUUUCUUCAUUUUGAUUGUACUAGCUUUAAGACAUAGACAGAAAGAUGCCAGCAGCCAGUGUGAGAAGGAGAAGUCCUCCUCGUCCUCCUCCUUAGGCAGCAGUCUGAGAUUGCCUGGGGAUUCCAGCCUGCACGAGAGCUUCCCAAAAGGGACAGAUGGCAGAAAUGAGCCCGUGCCUGUCAACUCCCCUCCUGAGUGGUUGAGUUUAUUGAGUCUGAUGGAGAAGGACAUCGAGCAUCUGUAUAGGCACUCGAACUCCAGUGGACACUGUUCUGUGGAAGGAGAAACUGCAGAAGACAAGGAAAUCCAGCGGAUAAACGAGCACCCUUAUAGAAAGGACUCGGGCUCGGCACUGAGUGAUCGGGAGUCCAGGGUGCCCGAUUCAGGGAUCCCAAGGGAUUCAGACCAGCUCUCCUGCUUGUCAGGAGAAACAGAUGUGGUCGCUACGGCAGAAAGGGUCAGCAGCAGCCAGGCAUUUGAGGAGGGAGAGGGCGGAGAGGGCUGCGGAACAACCAAUGUUCAGAACGUUGGGUUACUGCAGACACCGAGGAAGAGAGAGGCGAGAGAAAGCUUCCUGGCUGACGUUCUGAAAGAAGCUGUGUGCGUUUCUGGGGAGCAGGAGGCCAAAUGCAUAGAGAUUCCGACUCGGAGCACUGCGGCUCCCAGCAUCAGGAACUGCUCUCCCAGCAUCAGGAAUCUUCAGUGGGAUUAUCUGCUGAGUUGGGAGCCCAAGUUCCAGCCACUUGCCCCAGUGUUUAACGACCUCGCCAAACUCAAGGAUGAGCAUUUAUGUAUGUCUGGCCUUCCACUGGAGAAAAAAUCUUUUGUUUUCCCUCCACCUUUGAUAACUGCAGUAGCCCAGCCUGGGCUUAAAGCUGUUCCUCCCAGAAUGCCAGGCGUCAGCCGGGGCCAAGUCCGCCCGCAAACCCCACACUCCCCCAUCCUCUACCGGCUCAAUUUUCUGCCAGAAGCCAUGACACCCAGCUUUUCUCCAUCUCUUUCCCUGCUCACCGCCCAGACCCCUGCCCCGACGGCUCUGCUGUCAGAACACUCAGCUGUCCGAACGCAGCGCAGAGGUCCGUUUUGUGACCUUAAAGCAGAAGAUGACGUUCAGAUAUAAUACGAUAGCAUGGUCAUGCACCAGCUCACCGUUGGUCCUGCAUGACUGAAUGAAGCGUUCUUAAGCUGCGGGUGACUGAGUCCAUUUUCUCGACGAGCCAGUGAUGCAGCUUAGGAUUUCAGACUUCUUUACAGUACGACGUUUCUCCAGUUCCUUCCAGCCUUAAUGAGAAGUUACCCUGUCUUUUCGACCUUUCUGUUUUUGCGCUCAGGAUUCAAGUUUGUAUAUAUUAAAUAGCGUAAAAUCUGAUGUAUAAUCAGAUUGCACCUACCUAUAAUCGCACCUACCUUUCUGUGUGGUUAAGUUUCCAAGUGACACAGUGACUGACUCCCAAUCGUGUAUAUGAAAAUAAAUUGAAAUACAGUGUAAUAUUCUCUGGUCACAUCACUGCUGAUUGCACUGCUCUGUCUAAAAUGAGUAAAAGAUUAAGGGCGGUGUGUAGGAUAGAAAAGGCACAGGAAGGGAAAUUUGGAGAGAUAAUUUUGAGUUUUAUUAAAUGGAGUAAUCUUCUGGCAAUCUGAUGUAUUUAGAGAUGAGUUUCUCACUUCCCCCAUACCCUAUCCUCAUGGAUCUGGGUCAUAAUUUGAAUUUUAGUGUAGUGCCUUUUGGAAAUUUAAUGAGAGUUGUCAUAACUCUGUGCCAAAUAAGAAAAUUAUUCAGAUGAGAUUAACAAGAAAUACAGGUUCUUGAGAGAAGACCAAGAUUGAUCAAAGCAAUAAGUAUAUGGUUGAUGAUUGCCACCACAUAUAUGUUACCUUAGUCCUCUCUACAAACAGAAUAAUAAUUUUCCAAUGUUCUGUCUAGUAAGAACAAUGUUUCUGGGUACAAACAUUAAACUUGGAAGAUUAAUUUAGAGAUACUUCUUCCUUUUAUUUUCUUUAAGAGUAGCAACUUUGAAAAAAUUCAUUUGAUCAAUGUCAGUUUUAAAAGUUUGUGUAGAUAAAAUUAUGUUAUAGGCUAAUAAUUCAUAGAGUAUUUAGUACUAUAUUUUUAGAUAAAAAAUUUUUAUAUAAUUUUUCUACUCUAAAUGUUAAGUAAGAAUUGAUUUAGAAGUCUUCCAUUUGUUCGUGCUCGUUUUUAGCUCUAACUGUCAUUAGAUGGAGCAGUUGAGCAGUAUGGUUCAAAUCAUUCUUUUACAGCUACGACUUGGGAAAUACAGUGGUGUGUGGUGCUCACAUAUAAUACUGUAUUUUUCUCUUCCAUGAGCUUGAGACCCCACCCAAGACUCUAGGAAAGCAGAUGAUUUUAUCAGUGCAUACGGCUGCUGCUGAUGGUUCAGAAGUCAUCCGUGGUAGGCAAUAUGGCCAGAUUUGAAGAGUUUAGACUUUAAUGUCAAGUCUAGAAGGCAUCUGGUUUGGUUUUCUUGGUAGUAAGUAUGGGCAUCUGCUCUAGAAAUAGUUUCUUAAAAAAAAAACAAAAGUUGUCAUUCGUAAAAUUAUGUGAGACAACUGACUGCUCAUUACUGAAAAAUAUUGCAGCAUUAUGUGUGUGAUAUCUCAUUUUGUAGAUAAGUUAUUCCUGUGCUGAUUCGAUCAGUUCUGUGUCUUUGCUGACUCAAACUGAAAACAAGUGUCUAAAGCCCAUUAUAAGUGGUAGCAGUAUGAAGGUGCUGAAUUAGGGUUAGUCGUACAGGCAUGGAAUACUGCAAUAUAAUAGAAUGGAUAUAUGUCCCUCUUUGGCUUCACGGACCCUGGAAGAAGAUUUCAUGGUUUUUUUUAAAAAACAUGAAACAUUUCAUUGUUCCAGUAUUUAUUCUGUCUUUGACUUCCUUCAAAAGACUACUUUGAACAUAUGAAGAAAUUCUAUACUGAUCUUCUUCUUAAUUAUGUAUGGAUGUUUUGUUUUGCAACAGGAUUAUUUCUAGGAACUACGGACAUUUUUGUUUUUAAUUAAACAGGUUCUUCAUUUACUGGUGCUUGAAAAGAGUUAUCCAUCUAGCUCUUCCCUAAGUUAUUCGCCUGUGACUUUUUAUUCAUCUUGGACAUGAUGCUGCAUUGUUUUACUUUAGACAUUCAACGACAACAAAAAAAAUAGAAGACAAGAAGCAUUUAGAGCUAUUCUCUACCAACAUAUAAUGUAUUUUAAUUGGUUACUUUAUUAAUACUGUGUUCAGUGUCACACCACCACCAAACAAGUGGGGUUGAGAGUUAAAAUGUGAACAUGCUGGUUAAGUGUUUGUAAUAAAUCAUAUGUCAGCCCUUUCAACUAGAGUGCUUUCUUCCUAAGUAAACAAUA